AUGGCUCAAGUCCCGGCCGUCAGCUUCGGCGCCGAACUAAAAGAUGGCUAUAAACCCGUCGACAACUGGGUCAGUCUCGGAAUCACCUGGCUCACCGAAAUCCAAGAAUUCUACGAAGAACGGUCCGCGAUUGAAAAAGAGUACAGUCAGAAGUUGACGGCGUUGGCGAAGAAAUACUAUGACAAGAAAGCGAAGAAAUCGAGCAGCUUAAGCGUUGGUGACACGCCUGCCCUAACUCCGGGCUCGUUGGAAUCGGCUUCGCUCACAACUUGGACAACUCAACUGUCCACGCUGGAACAGCGCGCCAAUGAGCACGGCAAGUUUGCGCAGGAUCUCAUGAGCCAGGUGGCCACGCCUUUGGAGUAUAAUGCGCGGAAACUGGAGGACUUGAGGAAGAGUCACGCAGAAUACCAACUGAAACUGCUCAAGGAGCGGGACUCAUCAUAUGGCGAUUUGAAGAAGUUGAAGGCUAAAUACGACACAGUCUGUCAAGAAGUCGAGAACCGAAGGAGGAAGGCCGAAUCGUCUUUUGAAAAGGGCAAAGCUCAGAGUGCGUACAACCAGCAACUGGCGGAAAUGAACAACGUCAAAAACACCUACCUGAUCGGCAUCAACGUGACGAACAAGUUAAAGGAAUGUUACUAUCACGAGUACGUCCCCGAACUUCUGGAUUCGCUGCAGGACUUGAAUGAGACGCGUGUUGCGAAGGUCAACAAUCUGUGGCUGCUUGCCUCGGCGCUGGAGACGAACACCUUGAAACGAAGCACCGAACACAUGGCCCACCUCUCUGCAGAGAUCCCUAGGAAUGAUCCCAGGCUCGACAGCAAUAUGUUUGUACGGCACAACGCUGUACAAUGGCAGGAACCUCCUAAUAUGGUGUUUGAACCAUCUCCGGUCUGGCUCGAUGCCGACAACAUGGUGACGGACGAAACCUCCAAAAUCUUCCUUCGCAAUAUCCUCCAGAAGAGUAAGCCCUUGGUGGAUCAGCUCAAAACUGCAUCAUCGCAGAAGAGGCGAGAAUUAGAAAACGUGAAAAAGCUUCGCGAAAAUAUCCGAGCCGGGAAAGAUCGACGGGACGAAGUGGAUUGUGUCCGGUCACAGUUCGCGGUGCAAGAAGACCUACAUGCCAUAGAUCGUCAGCGACUGACCGCUGAAGUCGAAACGUCGACAAUCACGUCGGUAGUUGGCGAUCUUAGUAUGUACGGAAAGAGCCACGCCUUCAAAUCCGAAACUUUUAAGAUUCCCACGAACUGCGAUUUGUGCGGGGGUCGUAUUUGGGGCCUCAGCGCCAAAGGCUUCAUUUGUACCGAUUGCGGAUUUACAUGCCACAGUAAAUGUCACAUGAAAGUCCCCGCCGACUGCCCCGGCGAGCAGACGAAGGAGGAGAAGAAGAAGCUGAAGGCUGAACGGCAAGCUGCGGCAAUAGCAGCGACAGAAGCACCGGCCGCAAAUGGCGUCAGCUCUCCUCCGUCCUUGACACGACAAGAUACCAUGAGCAGCCUCUCGUCUGGCUAUGCUGCCAGUGCGACGAGAUCGGCUCCAGGCAACAUUCCUCGAUCAAGUGGUCAAGACGAUAGUACAACCGCGGGUGCUGGGUCGACGGCAAGACGAAACCGUAUCGUGGCUCCACCUCCUGCCACGUUCGUCAGUGGUACGGACGGCUUAGGUGCGAACGGGAGCGGCCAGCCACGGGCAAAGAUGAUGUAUGGAUACGAGGCUAGGGAUGAAAGUGAGGUAUCCCUCUCCGAAGGGACAGAGGUGAGGGUAUUAGAACCAGACGCAGAUGGCGGAUGGACCAAGGUAGAUGCCGGUUUCGGCAAAGAAGGCUUCGUGCCUACAGCCUAUCUGGAAGAUCUUCCCUCGGCGGCGACCACACCAGCGCACGAGCGACCACCAUCGUUGACAUCGACUUCGAGUACAUCGCUGGCCUCGUCGAUUCUUGCCGGUGGUACGAGGAAGAAGCAAGGCCCGGCGGUGGCUCCCAAGCGUGGGGCGAAGAAGUUGAAGUACGUUCAAGCUUUGUACCAGUACACCGCACAAAGCGAUGCCGAGUUCGACAUGGCCGAAGGUGAAAGAUUUGUGCUCGUCAGUAUGGGCACGGGAGAUGGCUGGGCCGACGUGGAGAAGAAUGGGGAGACGCGAUGCGUCCCUGCGAAUUACAUCCAGGAGAUCUGA